CUCACGUCCUCGCCAGGCGGUGUUCCCGCUCGGACGCUGUUGCGCACGCCUCCGCGCGGUAACGGACGCGCCCCCCGGUGCGCCGGCCCGGCCCGGGAUGGGCCCCAAGCUCGCAGACUCCGUGGACGGGCUCCGCGCCGCCGGCAACCAGAGCUUCCGCAACGGCCAGUUCGCCGAGGCCACGGUGCUCUACAGCCGCGCGCUGCGGAUGCUGCAGGCGCAAGGUUGUUCGAACCCCGAAGAAGAAAGUAUCCUCUUCUCUAACCGCGCAGCCUGCCACUUGAAGGAUGGCAACUGCAGGGACUGCAUCAAAGACUGCACUUCAGCACUGGCCCUGAUGCCCUUCAGCAUGAAGCCCCUGCUGCGGCGGGCAUCGGCCUACGAGGCCCUGGAGAAGUACCCCCUGGCCUACGUGGACUACAGGACCGUGCUGCAGAUUGAUGACCGUGUGGCAUCGGCCCUGGACGGCAUCAGCCGAAUGACCAGAGCUCUCGUGGACUCGCUGGGGCCCGAGUGGCGCCUGAAGCUGCCCUCUAUCCCCUUGGUGCCUGUCACAGCUCAGAAGAGGUGGGAUUCCGUGCCUUUGGAGUACCACAAAGAGAAGGCUAAGAGAAAAUUCAGAGAAACCACAACUUCCAAGGGCAGAGUGUCUUCUGCUGGGGAUGUGGAGAGAGCCAGAGUUCUGAAGGAAGAAGGCAAUGAGCUUGUAAAGAAGGGAAACCAUAAGAAAGCUAUUGAGAAGUACAGUGAAAGCCUCUCCUUUAGUGACAUGGAGUCCGCCACAUACAGCAACAGAGCGCUCUGCCAUCUGGCCCUGAAGCAGUACAAGGAAGCGGUGAGGGACUGCACGGAGGCCCUCCGGCGGGAUGGAAAGAACGUGAAGGCGUUGUACAGACGAGCGCAAGCCUACAAAGCACUCAAGGACUUCAAAUCCAGCUUGGCAGACAUCAGCAGUCUCCUGCAGCUUGAGCCCAGGAACGGCCCUGCCCGGAGGCUGCAGCAGGAAGUUAAGCAGAGUUUAAACUAAAGACCCAGAAGGUUAGCGGGAAGCCUCUGCCCGAGCUCCCUCCUCUGUGCCUGCUCCUGGGACCCAGCAUGCCCCCGAGCGAGCUCUGAGGCCACUCAGACGUGCUGGCUUCCCACCCCUUAAGAGGCUUUGCUUUGUUCAGAAUUAAGCUCAGAGUAGU